AUGAAUCAAGAAAAUAACUCAGAGAAUGAGAAGUUGUAACUUGAAUUGUUGUAAAAAGCUAAUGAUUAUUAUGUAAAAGCCGAAGUAAUUAAACAAUUUAUGUUAAGGAAUUAAAAUAGAAUCAACAAUUUGAUGAUGCUUUAAUUAAAAUAAAUGAAGCUCUAAAUUAUAAUACAAAUUAUUCAGAGGCAUUUAAUUUGAAAGGUAACAAAUGAAAUUCACUUGUAUAAAGGUUUUCUAUUAAUAAAAUAAGGAAAUUCAGAUUAGGCAUUAGAAUAAUUGAAUAAAGCUAUUCAAUUGAACUCUGAACUAUCAGAUGCUUAUUUUAACAGAAGUAUUCUGAUUUACAAUAUUAGGUUGUAUAUAUAAAAAAAAUAAAACUUAUAAUUUAGCUAUGGAUGAUACAGAAAUUUGUAUUAAAUUAGAUCCAAAGCAAACAAAAUAUUAGAAUUUAAAAGGUAAAAAUAGUUUUUAAGUUCUAAUAGGAUUAAUAUUAAAAGAAUAAAAAAAUUAUUAAGAAGCUCUAGUUAUUUUUUAGAAAACUUUAGAAUUAGACAAUUAAAAUUAUCCAGCACUUUAUAAUAGAGGUAAUGAUAUGGAUGAUAAUUAAGGUUUAAUUCUUAAAACUUUAAAAAAAGAUGAAGAAGCUUUAUAAGAAUUAAAUAGGGCAAUUGAAAGUAGACCAACAUCUAGUGAAGCAUUUUUUGAAAGAGGUGAUCUGUUAUCAAAUAUGAAAAGAAAUUCCGAUGCCUUAUUAGACUAUAAUAAAGCAAUUGAAUUAGAUCCUAAAAAAGCUUAAUUUUAUGAGUAUAGAGGUUUAAAAUUAUAUUUAUGGUAGGCAUAUUGCUAAAAGAAAUGGAAAAGUAGGAUGAAGCAUUAUAAGAUUAUAAUUAGGCUAUCGAAUUAAAUCCAAAAGCUCCAAAUUAUUAUGUUAAUAGAGGUUAUAAAUGUAAUUAUUUAAAGGAAAUUUAUUAAAAUUAUUGAAUCAAAAAGAAAAAGCUCUUGAGGACUAUAAUAUGGCUGUGUAGAUUAAUCCAAAAUUUAUAAAGUCAUAUAAAAUGAGAGGUAAAUUUGAAUGAUUAUUUUAAGCUAUUCUAUAUAAGGAGAUUAAUGAAAAUGAAAAAGCUCUUAAUGAUUAUACAAAAGCUUUAGAAUUAGAUACUAAAGAUGCUACUAUUUAUAUUAAUAGAGGUAAAUUUAAUAUAUUUAUAUAAAGCUAAUUUGUUAAAAUAACUUGGAUAGAUUGAAUAAGCCAUUCUAGAUUAUACAAAAGCUAUUGAAAUAAAUCCCAAAGAAAUUGAAUAUUACAACAAACGAGGUAAAGAAUUAUUUAGUAACAUAGCACUUGCAUAUAAAUAAAUAGGUUAAAAGGAUUUGGCAUUGAAAGAUUAUGACAUAAUUUUAAAAAUGAAUCCAAAUAACACAAAAACUUACUGGAAUAAAGGUAAUGAAAUAUUUCAAUAUAUAAGCUAUUCUUUUUGAAGAUUUAAAACAAAAUGAACUUGCUAUUAAUAAUUAUAGUUUAUAUAUCUAAUUUAAUUCAUAGGAUGAAUAAGCAUACACAAAGAGAGGUAAAUAAUCAUAAUAAUCUAAUUUCAGCCAAUCUUUAUAUAUUGAAUAACUAAAUUGAAUUUGCUUUAAAUGACUAUUAAAAAACUAUUGAACUUAACCCAAAUAAUCAUCUUGCAUAUUAUAAUCGAGGUAUUGAUUUCUUAAUAUUUUUGUAGCUAUUCUCCUCAAAUAAUAAAAAGAAAAUGAAAGAGCAUUAUAAGACUUUCAUAAAUCCUUAGAGUUAAACCCUAAUCAUCUAGAUUCUUAUUUAAAUAGAGGUAUUGGAAUUCAAAAUUAUUACAGGAAACUUAUACAAAGAUCAAAAUUAAUUUGAUCUAGCUCUAUAAGAUUAUAAUAAAAUAACCGAAUUAAAUCCAAAUUGUUGGAGUGCAUAUUUCAAUCGUUGUAAAAUAAUCAUUUUUAUUCUAUAGCUUUAUUGUAUUAGAAAUAUUAAAAAAAGGAUUUGGCAUUUUUAGAUUGUAACAAAUCAAUUGAAAUUAACCCUAAAAUUCCAUAUCUUUAUUAUACUAGAGGUUUUAGUUCAUAUUAAUUAAAGGAUAAAUAUUAAGUGAUAUGAAUUUAAAUGAUUAAGCAAUGAAUGACUUUAAUAAAGCUAUUGAGAUUGAUCCUAACUAUAUUGAUGCAUAUAAUAGUAGAGGUAUUUUAAAUUAUAAAAAAUAGGCAAUUUAUUAAAAUCUUUAAAUUAAUAUGAAUUAGCUAUGAAAGAUUAUAAUUAAUGUUAAGAAUUGAAUUAAAAUUAUUUUUAAGCUUAUCAUAAUAGAGGUAUUAUUCUUCAAAAUAAUUAGGAAUCUUAUGGAACAAAAUGAAUGAAAAAGAAAAAGCACUUGUUGAUUUUCAAAAAGCAAUAUAACUAAAUCCUACAAGUGCUAUAACCUAUUCUUCAAGAGGAUCUAUAUACUAAGAAAUGAAUUUAGUAGACAAAGCAAUAGAAGAUUAUACUAAAUCUUUAGAAAUAUAACCAAAAUAAUGCAACAUUCUAAUCUAACGUGGUAAAUGAUUGACAUUAUAGUAAGCAAAAUUAUAUUAUUAAAAAUAAUAAUAUGCUUAAGCAUUACAAGAUUAUAACAUAUUAAUUGAGAUUAAUCCUAAGGAAAUUGAUUAUUAUUUUUAGAGAGGUAUUUUAUUAUUAUAUUUCUAGCCAAUAUUUUUGCAGAAUUUAAUAAAGACUUCUAAAAUGCUUUAAAGGAUUACAAUAAAGCUAUUGAAAUCAAUCCUCACUAUUUGGCUUAUUAUAAAAGAGGUGUUAAUUAUUCUAUAAAUGAUUAGCUUUGUUCUAUAGAUCAAAUGACCAAUAUGAAUAGGCUCUUGAUGAUUGUAACAAAUCAAUAGAAAUAAAUCCAUAAUGUGCACUUCCUUACAUUGCUAAAGGUAAUAUAUCACUCAUUAUGUAGGUUUAAUAUUGAAAGAAAUGAAUUAGCCAGAUUUAGCUAUUAUUGAAUAUAACAAGGCUUUAUUGUUGAAUCCAAAUAGUUCUGAUAUAUUAACUAAAAGAAGUAACAUUCAUUUAAAUCAAGUUUAGGCAUUGCUUAUAGAUAAAUGAAAAACCAUGAAUAAGCUCUCUAAGACUUAGCAAAAGUAAUUGAGUUGAAUCCUUAGAAUUCAGAUGGUUACAUUACAAGAGGUUAAUAAAUUUAUUUAAAAUAGCAAAAUUACUGACUGAGAUGAAUUAGAUGGAAGCAGCCUUAUAAGAUUAUAAUAAAGCAAUAGAAUUAAGUCCUCAAUCAGAAUUUUUAUAUUAUAAUAGAGGUAAAAUUUAAUUAAAUUUUAGCUGUCUGUUACAAUAAAUAAUAAUUAACAGAUUUAUCCCUUCAAGAUUAUAAUAAAUGUAUUGAAUUAAAUCCAAACUAUAGUCUAGCUUAUCAUAAUAGAGGUUGAUUUAUUUAUUAAAUUUAGGCCUUUUACUCAAAGGUUUGGGCAAAAAAAAUGAAGCUCUCUAAGAUUGUUUAAUUGCUAUAAAAUUAUGCCCAGAAAAUCCUUUAUUUUUAGCUAAUAUUGGAGAUCAUUAUUAUUCAGAUCAAUAAGUUGAAAAAGCUCAUUCUUAUUAUAAAUAAGCCUAAUUUUAAAUAGAAAAUAUUUCAACUAAAAGAAAGAAUGAAUUAAAUUUAUCCAAAUAAAAUUUAAACUUUAUAAACAGUAAACUCAAACUAAUCAACUAAAUUGAAAUAUAAAUUUAAUAAGUUAAAAAAUAAAUAUCAUAAUUACCUAAUUAAACUUCAGAUAAUGAUUAAAUAAAAGAGUAUUUAGAAAAAGUUACAUGUAUUGAAAGGUCUGUAUCUUAUUCUCUUUAACCAAUAAAUUCAGAAUAGUAGGCUGAUUAAUAAUAAAGCAUUCUUAGUUAUUUUUAAUUAGUUUAAAAUUAAUUAAAAGAGCUUUAAAUAAAAUUAUAAUCAUAAGAUUAAGUUAUAAAUAAAUUAGUAUAAUAAGAUUCAUUUUAAAUAUCAUAAUAAAUGAACUAAUUAAAAAAUCCAGAAAACAAACAUUAAUUAAUUUAUUUCAGGUCAUUGUUUUGGCAUUUAUUUUAUUAUUUAAAUGCAAUGUCUGAGAUAUCUACAAAUUUAUUUGAAGUUAAUACAAAUUCUAUGAUAGAAAGUAAAUCUGAGAAAGUGUUGAAUCUUGUUAAAAAAGCUUUUAAUGUAGGUACAAAAGUCUUAGAAAAAGUUCAUAUUGCUGAACAUGCAUUUCAUAUAAUUAAUGAAGCAUUAAACAUUGUUGUAGAUCAUAAAAGAGAAGAAAAAUUCAAAAAGAGAUUAGUUUGCUUAACUAACAUAUUAAAAUUGUUUGCAAUAACUCCUUCAGAAUUAGAAAGAGAGGUUCAAUUUACUGCAAUUGAAUUAGGAAGAGCUUAAAAACUUGGAAUUAAAGAGAUUGCUCCUUCAAAAUUUUUAGAAUUCAUCACUAAAUUAGCAGAGGAAGAAAAUAUCUCAUAAGAGAUAAGCAAAGAUAUUUAUUGGAAGAAAGGAAUAGAAGAUACCUUAAUCAUUUUAAAAUAUUUAGAGAAAUUUAAUUAAAAAAUUCUUAAAGAAGAUCAAAAUAAAAAAUUGAGAUAAAUUUUUAUGGAUGCAAUCAAAUUACAUACAACUGAUUAAUAAAAUAAAAAAAAUAAGGAUUAAACUAAAAGUUAAUCUAAAUAAAACAAACCUAAGAAAGAAAGUUAAGAAUAAUGUUAAAUUUAAUGA